GGGGCGGGGCCAGGAGGCCGUUGCUGGUGAGCCCGGGAGGCCGUGAAGGCACUCCUUAUCUCGGCUGUCGCAUCCUAGAGGGACUCGUGUUGGCGUCCCCCCUGGCUUCCACGCCCGCCGAUCUCCGAACAGGCUCGUGUGCGCUCCUGACCUUGCCAGCCGCUCGCCACUCGCUUUGCGGACCGCGCCUCCUACAUCAUGUGCGGUAUAUUUGCUUACUUAAACUACCAUGUCCCUCGCACAAGACGAGAAAUCUUGGAGACUCUAAUCAAAGGCCUUCAGAGACUGGAGUACAGAGGAUAUGAUUCUGCUGGUGUGGGAGUUGAUGGAGGCAAUGACAAAGAUUGGGAAGCUAAUGCCUGCAAAAUCCAGCUCAUUAAGAAGAAAGGGAAAGUAAAAGCACUGGAUGAAGAAGUUCACAAACAACAGGAUAUGGAUUUGGAUAUAGAAUUUGACGUACACCUUGGAAUAGCUCAUACCCGUUGGGCAACACAUGGCGAACCCAGUCCUGUCAAUAGCCAUCCCCAGCGCUCUGAUAAAAAUAAUGAAUUUAUUGUUAUUCACAAUGGAAUCAUCACCAACUACAAAGACUUGAAAAAGUUUUUGGAGAGCAAAGGCUAUGACUUUGAAUCUGAAACAGACACAGAGACAAUUGCCAAGCUUGUUAAGUACAUGUAUGACAAUCGGGAAAGUCAAGAUAUCAGUUUUACUACCUUGGUGGAGAGAGUUAUCCAACAACUGGAAGGUGCUUUUGCACUUGUAUUUAAAAGUGUUCAUUUUCCUGGCCAAGCAGUUGGCACAAGACGAGGUAGCCCUCUCUUGAUUGGUGUACGAAGUGAACAUAAACUCUCUACUGAUCACAUUCCAAUACUCUACAGAACAGGCAAAGAUAAGAAAGGAAGCUGCAAUCUCUCUCGUGUGGACAGCACAACUUGCCUUUUCCCUGUUGAAGAAAAAGCGGUGGAGUAUUACUUUGCUUCUGAUGCAAGUGCUGUCAUAGAACACACCAAUCGCGUCAUCUUUCUUGAAGAUGAUGAUGUAGCAGCAGUGGUGGACGGCCGUCUUUCUAUCCAUCGAAUUAAACGAACUGCGGGAGAUCACCCUGGAAGAGCUGUGCAAACCCUCCAGAUGGAACUCCAGCAGAUCAUGAAGGGCAACUUCAGUUCAUUUAUGCAGAAGGAAAUUUUUGAGCAGCCAGAAUCAGUUGUGAACACAAUGAGAGGAAGAGUCAACUUUGAUGAUUAUACUGUGAAUUUGGGUGGUUUGAAGGAUCACAUUAAAGAGAUCCAGAGGUGCAGGCGUCUGAUUCUUAUUGCUUGUGGAACAAGUUAUCAUGCUGGUGUCGCAACACGUCAAGUUCUUGAAGAGCUGACUGAGUUGCCUGUUAUGGUGGAACUAGCCAGCGAUUUCCUGGAUAGAAACACGCCAGUUUUUCGAGAUGAUGUUUGCUUUUUCAUUAGUCAGUCAGGUGAGACAGCAGAUACCCUGAUGGGUCUUCGGUACUGCAAGGAGAGAGGAGCUUUAACUGUGGGGAUCACAAACACAGUGGGCAGUUCCAUAUCAAGGGAGACAGACUGUGGAGUUCACAUUAAUGCUGGGCCCGAGAUUGGCGUGGCCAGCACAAAGGCUUACACUAGCCAGUUUGUAUCCCUGGUGAUGUUUGCCCUUAUGAUGUGUGAUGAUAGGAUCUCCAUGCAAGAGAGACGCAAAGAGAUCCUACUCGGGUUGAAGCGACUGCCUGAUUUGAUAAAGGAGGUACUGAGCAUGGAUGAUGAAAUUCAGAAACUGGCAACAGAACUUUAUCAUCAGAAGUCGGUCUUGAUAAUGGGACGUGGCUACCAUUAUGCUACUUGUCUUGAAGGGGCACUAAAAAUCAAAGAAAUCACUUACAUGCACUCUGAAGGCAUCCUCGCUGGUGAAUUGAAACAUGGUCCUCUGGCUUUGGUGGAUAAAUUGAUGCCUGUCAUCAUGAUCAUCAUGAGAGAUCACACUUAUGCCAAGUGUCAGAAUGCUCUUCAGCAGGUGGUUGCUAGGCAGGGACGCCCAGUGGUGAUUUGUGAUAAGGAAGAUACCGAGACCAUUAAGAACACAAAAAGAACAAUCAAGGUGCCCCACUCAGUGGACUGCUUGCAGGGUAUUCUCAGCGUGAUCCCUUUACAGCUGCUGGCUUUCCACCUUGCUGUGCUGAGAGGCUAUGAUGUAAGUGAAUGCAACUGCAGAAAUCUUGGGCUGGAUUUUUACCUCAGUACACUCUGAUAGUUUUCCUUUAAA